AUGACUGUUCUGCAAGAAGUCCCUCAGUUAUCUGACCCUCAGCUGCUUGACAGGAUAGACAGGCUUCGCGAUCUCAAUAUCGCUCAACACGUAGCCUUACCGCAGCUUGUCGUUGUUGGAGAUCAAAGCUCUGGAAAAUCAUCUCUUCUAGAAAACGUAACUGGGAUUCCCUUUCCUCGAGAUCAGACACUCUGCACCCGCCAUGCUACUCAGAUUUCUUCCCGUCGCCAAGAUGUCGAGGGAGUCGACAUUAGCAUUAUUCCAGGGCCUAAUGCUUCCGACGACCAUCGGAAGCACCUCGAGGCUUUUUGCUGUACCGAGUCUAGCAGCUCAGAAUUUCGACUGCAUUUUACUGAUAUAAUGAAGAAGGCGCACGAACAAAUGGGCUUACGAUCAGACCUAUCAAAUGGUCAAGGAGCUAUCUUCAGUGAAGACGUUCUGAAAGUGGAAAUUUAUGGUCCUCAAGAGGAUCUUCUUACUAUUAUUGACGUUCCUGGAAUAUUCCGCGUUACAGGAGACGGAACUACUAAAAACGACAUGGAAAUGGUGAAUAACCUCGUCCGAAAGUACAUGAAAGACAAGCGCACGAUCAUCCUGACUGUUUUGCCGAGCAAUGUUGACAUUGCCACCCAAGAGAUCCUGCAACUAGCCGAGGAAUUCGACAAGGAUGGAGAGCGUACCAUCGGUAUUCUCACCAAGCCAGAUCUAGUCACCGAAAAGGGUGCUCAAGAUGCAGUUUGCAAUCUCGUCAGAGGGAAGCGAAGGCCACUCACGCUGGGCUAUUAUAUUGUUCGCAAUCGCGGUGCUGAUGAUUCAAAGGUCGAGUAUGAUCAACUUGAACAGACUCUCAGAAAUCAUCCAUGGAAUCAGCUCCCGAGGGAUAGAGUAGGCAUCUCAGCGCUCAAAGGACAGCUGCGGUGCCUCUUGUUGGAUAUCUCUACGAGGGAGUUUCCCAAGAUGAUGGCGGACAUCGACCAACAGCUAAGAAUUUGUAACGACGAGCUGGACGAGCUGGGACCGCCCCGUCAGAAUCAGCGAGAACAGCGCACAUUUCCCAGUCGAAUGGCCGGGCAGUUCCAGGACCACGUCAGAUCAGCCUUAUCGGCGGACUAUAACGCAAGUAAGAUCUUCGAAAAGGAGAAGUUGCGUCUGAUCACACAAGUCGUGAAUAUCACAGAAAUCUUCUGUUUUGAGUUUCACAAGCGAGCUCAUUCAAGAAACUUUGAGAUCCCCGGACACAUUCCACAACUUACAACUGAGGACUGGGAUUCUGGGGAUAAGUCAACUGGCGCUAGUGAAGCAGAAGAGUCAGCCUUCGAUUCGCAUAUUCGACUUAUACAGGAACUUGUCAACAGCGCGAAUGUUGACAAUGGUACAGAACAGGAAUUGGCAGAGCUUGGCAAUAUUCUUGCCUUUCCUGACGAUAUCAAUAGCCCAGACGACAAUAUGGCAACAUGGAUCAAGGAUGUUUACCUCCGGUCCAGGGGUCUCGAUCUCGGAACAUUUAACGCCCACCUUGUAUCCGCGGCCUUUGCGGAACAAUCUCGCAAAUGGAAGCCUAUUACAGAGACUUAUAUGAACAGAGUGAUUCUCACGGUCCAUCGCUUCAUCAAAAUUAUACUCGCCGAGAUCUGUCAAGAUCAAGAAAUCUAUCAAAAGCUGUGGAGAGAGGUUCUCACCGGUCUCUUGCCGGGCUAUAGAAGAGCUCUAGAACAAAUGAAACUAUUGAUCCACGUUGAUCAACAGAGACAGCCAUACACGCUCAAUAAGCGCUUCAAUGAGAGUCUUGCAGAGAUGAAAGGCGAGCGCUUGAUGGCCUUUCUUUACUCAACAGCAAGGAAGGACACUAAGCAGUACGGCGAGGUCCAGUAUAUGGUCAAUUUGCGAGAUAUCCCCUGUGUAACCAAGACCCAGAGCAAUUCUGAGCACUUGCAACAAGAGGUACAUGAUAUUCUCCGAGCUUAUUAUAGCCUGACGCGAGAUCGCUACAUCGACAACAUCUUCCAGCUUGCUGUGAACUAUCAUCUGCUGAAUGGACCGGGAAGCCCUCUUAAGGUGUUUACGCAAGACUGGGUCUUGGGCUUGGAAAACGGUGAUCUUGACCGAAUCGCUGGUGAGUCUAAGGCCAUGAAGAGGAAUCGCAGCCGGAUCAAGAAGAAGAUGAGCGAUUUGGAGAAAGCUUUGAACAUUCUCAAAGAACCUUGA